AUGGGACGUGAAGAGACAAGCAGGAGACUGAAAAACGUUUUGAUAACUAUAUACUGGUUGGGGAGGAAGGCCCAGUCUGAUCCGUUUUACACUGGACCACAGCUGAAUCUAAAAGCCUUUGAAGGUUUGCUGGGCACAGCAUUAUCUAAGGCUCUGGAGGAGUCUGUGCAGUCCAAGUCGAGUGUGAGGGACAGUGGGUACGCAGAGGGCUGGUUCUCUGACAGGGAGGAUCUGUUCGGUCUGAAGCAGUCGGGCUACAGGAGAGAGGACUCAGUCGAGAGCCUGGACUCAGUGGAGUCUCGCACACUUAGCGUGGCUUCAGACUGCACACUUAGAGUCGGCAGUGAAGGUUGCUGUAGUGACGCAGAAGCAGAGCAUUGCUUCAGGAUGGCAGAAGGCAGUAAAAGUGAUGCCCCCAUCAGGGAAAGAGUGCAUGUCCCAUCUGCCUUGAGGAAGAAAAGGCAGGAAUACCAGCUGGGAGGCAGGAGUUAUGCAGGCAACCUCACUAGAUAUCCCAUGAGACACUCUCGGUACACAGGAAGCAAAUCUAUGGGUGACAUCACACUGGAGCCCAUUCCACAGGAGUCUGACACCUGCUCCAGCUUUGACCAGAUGGGGUCACGGCAUAUUCACCAGCUGUCUGUUGAAGAGGUGACCCUUGACCCCUCAGCCAUACAGAGAAUUCAGCAGGAGCAGUUACAAAGCAUCCGGGACAGAAUAAAGGAAAGUGAAGCCAAGUGGCAUGAAGAUCUGAACAGGUGGAAGAGCCGGCGGCGUAGUGCAAACUCUGACCUCCACAAGAAGCGUGAGGAGAGGGAGCAGAUUGAAUUUAUUAACAGUGGGGGAGGGGCCAGUGCCAUCAGGACUGCACAGCUCACCGGGGUGCCAGAGGAGAGCUCCAACAUGCCUGGACCCAUGAGUGAUGCGGGCUCCAGUGUCAGCAGUACUGGGUGGUCCACCACCUCGACUUUACCCCUCACGAACGGGACAUCUGCUCUGACCAGAGGCACUGACGCGGAGACGACUGACUCAGCUGGUGAAUUCUUCACCCCUCCAUCAGCUGUUGUCUCUGAACAGAGUUCACUGACCAGCCUGACUACCAUGGAUCCAGAACCGUACGAGCAGCAGGGUCCAGACUUCAGCUGCCGUGCAAGCCUCCUGGAGAGCUUUUAUGCAGGGGGAGCACGAGUAUCUGCCACUCUACCCAGAGGUUUCAGAAGGUCAGAAGGUUCCUCGCGCCUCUCCACGGGCGUCACCCCACGUCCAUUUGGAGCCAAACCCUCCAAAGUGUCUUCACUGCCCAGAGUAUAUUCAAUGGACGACUCUCAUAAAAGCCUGAUCAGUGGGAACGGAGACCAUUCAAUCGUCCCCUCUUUCCUUAGUGGUCAAGGAAAGGUCACCGCCUCUGCUGACACGGGCCACUUUCGUUCAAGCACUCAUCCAAUCAAGAAGGAAGAAGAAGAGAGAAGAGAUGGAAGGUUGUCAGCGCCUCCAAUUAACUCGUUUGUCACUAAAGUGACUAUGGUCGCCUCCAAUAUACAAACAUCUCCUCCUGCUGUCUCUGAAAUCAGGGAUAUUAAGGUGGGUCAAAGUGAAAUGCGAGUCUGUUUGAAUCAGAAGCCAAACAGUGGGAGAGACUUUGGAUUCAAGGCUCACUGGGACUCAACUGGUGCUUGUGUGAAAUCUGUUCAACCAGGCAGCCCAGCAGAGUUGUGUGGUCUGCUGAUGGGUGAUGAGAUUGUGGCACUGGGUGGAUGCAGGGUGGCUGAAAUAAAUUAUGAGCAGUUUAAGGGCAGUAUGAACACAGCACAGCAAAAGGGCACUUUACUGAUGGACAUCCGACGACACGGCCAGAACGACUGGGGCAGUGACCAACCUUUCCUACCGUACAAGAGCCAUAAGACCAUCAAUUUGACCAGUGCCAAUUCAACACUUAUAGGGCGGCCCGAGCAGUACGUCUCGAUUAACACAACCUCUCCAGUAGAGACCAUGGUGAAGACACAAGUCAACGGACAGCCUGCUAAUGUGAGUCAGGGAGUUCUACCUAAAAUGGUGAAUGGACGUAUCAAGGACGAUGCAGUUUCUCUAAGAAACAAAGGUGGCUCGGAAUCUGCCAUCUCUGAUCUGCAGGUUCCCUCCAUCAGUACCACCUCCUCUCGCUGGUCAUGGGAUCAUGAGGAGGAGAGGCGGCGGCAGGAGAAAUGGCAGAUGGAACAAGAGCGCCUCCUGCAGGAGAAGUAUCGACGUGAUCAGGAGAAGUUGGAGGAUGAGUGGAGGAGAGCUCAACAGGAGGUAUAUGGAGAGGAGCACAGUAGUACUGAGGAGCAGAAAUGCACUGAUGUGCUGGCAAAUGGAAAUGCUACUUAUAUUCCAUUGCCCUUCUUCAACCAAUCCAUUGCUACCACUUCAGUGGCAUCCAAGCAGAAUGCAGAGAAGGUGGAAGCAACACAGAACAGACAGAGCUCUGUGCAAACAGCAGCAGCACAGCAGUCACUAAAGGCAGAAGUGGAGUGUGAUUCAACCACAAAGAGUCAGUGCUCAGAGGAGUCCUAUGGGUUUGCCAAGCUUACAGUUUCUGACAGGACAAAGUCAAAAUCUACCCCUGCACUUCAAGGCCUUCGCAAACAAGAUGCUAAAGCAGGAAGCGGUAAAAAGAAGGGACAGCUGUCACGGGCAGAAAAGGAACGUCUGCAGAUCCUGGAAGAGAUGAGGAAGAAGACGCAGCUCCUCACUGACAACAGUUGGAUCCGUCAGCGCAAUGCUAGCAUCAACAAAGAGCCCAUCACUGUGGGAACAUCAAUCAGGAGAUAUGAAUCUCUGGACAACCUCCACUCAACCAACUCCUCCUGGUCUAGGCAGUCCUACACUUCAAGUGUCGCAAACAGGCCCCAUUCUGCUUUGGGAAACCCUGGCACUUACAGGAGUGGACGCAGCAGCCUGGGCCCUGAUUCAGCCAUCUUCUCUACUGGUCUUAAGCAGAGCUCCAACUCUCCCACUCCACCAAUCACAACUAUGCCUGAGCCAUCAGUGCCUAAGUCCCGUCCAAACUCUCAACAACGUGGCAGGCUGGUCAGUGGCAGGCGGAUGUGCUCAAGGUGUGAGCGGCCUCUGGGGAAGGGAGCUGCCAUGGUCAUCGAUUCCCUGGAGCUCUGCUUUCACAUUGGUUGCUUCAAGUGUGUCAGCUGCAGGACUGACCUUGGGAGAGGGGCUGAGUCCGGAGCUCAGGUCAGAGUCAGACACGGACAGCUCUUCUGUAACACCUGCUACAGCAGAGUCAGAGAUAAGGCCUCUCAGACUAUCUAUUACAGGAAAGUAUGA